UGGUGGCGAUUGCAUCUGUGGUCUGCAACAAGGAAAGGAAGGACCCAAUUGUUUCUCUCUGCAACUCCGUCUUUGUCCGUCCGUCAUUCUCUGAGAAUAUAGAAUUGAUGCACAAUCUCAUUUUUUGAAUCCCUUUAAAAAUGGAAGUCCCCCCCGAAGAUACAUCAUCCUACACUUGCUCCUCCGACAACCAUCGUCUAUACCUGGUUCCUUUCAGGUGGUGGAAGGAAGCGGAUCCAGAUGGGGAGGGAGUCUUAUACGAUGCGUUGCCGGCCUCUUCCUCUUAUUAUGCUGGUCCCAUGAAGAUACUCAAUAUCUUUAAAUCAGAUCUCGCCUUUAACCUUAUUAGGAAAGAGAACGAGCACCAAGAUGAUGACAAUGGAGAUGGACGAAAUUAUGCAUUGGUUUCUGCUGAUAUGUGGCUUCACGCCCUUAAAUGGCAUAGUGAUGUCAAAGGCGCGGUGAAGGAUGGUAAGGCUUCAGCAGCGGAAGAUGAUAUGACCGAUGUAUAUCCUUUACAACUCAAGCUUUCUAUUUUACAAGAAUCCAACACGUUGGGAGUAAGAAUUAGUAAAAAGGACAAUGCUGUUGAGUGCUUCCGAAGAGCCUGCAAGAUUUUUAGCAUAGAGUCUGAACUUUUACACAUCUUGGAUUUUUCUGGACAAACCACCCAAUUUCUUCUAAAUGACAAAAAUAAGAAUAUAAAAGACUCUCCAAGACAGUCAGACCAAGAUAUUCUGUUGGAGCUGCAAGUUUAUGGAUUGUCGGAUUUGAAUAGAAACAAAGAUAUGAAAAAAGAUGAGAUGGUUAAAACUUCGCCAAAGAUGAAUGGAAGCUAUUGUGAGAAGGGUUCGUUGGGCUUAACGGGCUUACAAAACUUGGGAAAUACGUGUUUUAUGAAUAGUUCUCUCCAGUGUCUUGCUCAUACGCCAAAGCUUGUGGAUUACUUCCUUGGAGAUCACAGGAAAGAAAUAAACCAUGAUAAUCCAUUGGGCAUGAAUGGUGAGAUUGCAAUGGCAUUCGGAGAUCUUUUAAAGACAUUAUGGGCUCCUGGAGCAACAUCAGUCCCGCCAAGAUUAUUUAAGUCGAAGCUUGCUCAUUUUGCUCCUCAGUUCAGUGGCUUCAAUCAGCAUGAUUCUCAAGAACUCCUUGCUUUUCUAUUAGAUGGACUUCAUGAAGAUCUGAAUCGUGUAAAAUGCAAACCUUAUGUUGAAGCCAAGGACGGAGACGGUAGACCAGAUGAAGAUAUCGCUGAUGAGUACUGGCAGAAUCACCUCGCUCGUAAUGACUCUAUUAUUGUUGAUGUAUGCCAAGGUCAAUAUAGGUCAACGCUAGUAUGUCCAAUUUGCAGAAAGGUCUCAGUCACAUUUGACCCGUUCAUGUAUUUGUCAUUACCUUUACCAUCAACAUCAAUGAGGACAAUGACUUUGACAAUUGUGCCUUGUGAUGGAAGUGCUCAGCCGACUCCAGUUACAGUUACUGUUCCCAAGCAAGGCAAGUUUGAAGAUCUAGUUAGUGCUUUGGGAGUCGCGUGUGUUUUACGGGAUGAUCAAACUCUCAUGGUGGCUGAGGUAUACAACAAUCAUAUCAUACGGUUUCUAGGGGAGCCAACUGAUUCAUUAUCGUUAAUUAGGGAUGACGAUCGACUUGUUGCUUAUAAGUUACAAAACGAUUUUGACAAGUUUUCUCGGAUUGUUUUUGUUCAACAGCAUAUAGAAAAGAACUCAAGCUCGGAAACCCAGAAAUUAAGUAGCAAGGCCUUUGGGCUUCCUCUUGUAGCAUGUGGUGAAAUUGUAAAAGGACAGGAUAUUCAUGAUCUAUAUUUCAAAGUAUUAAAAUCUUUCAGAACAACAAAGGCUGCUAAGAGUUGUACAGAAAAUCAUGACAACACUGCAACCGAAGAUGAAGAAGUAGAUGCAUUAGAUUGUGAUGUGAAGUUCUAUUUGACUGACGAUAAUGGAAAUGUGAAAGGUUCUGAGAUUAUGAUGGAUGUUUUGUUAGACUCCACAGGUCAACUGAAUGUUGUUGUUUGUUGGUCUGCUAACAUGCUUGAGUAUUACGAUCAACGACUUCUUAGCUCGCCUGCUGAGGUUUACAAGCCCGCUUUAUUUAGCAAACGGCCCCAGGAAUCUAUCUCCUUGUAUAAAUGCCUUGAAGCAUUUCUUAAGGAAGAGCCACUUGGACCAGAAGACAUGUGGUACUGUCCUAGCUGCAAAAAGCACCGGCAAGCGAGUAAAAAGCUAGACCUAUGGAGACUGCCGGAGAUCCUAGUGAUUCAUUUAAAGAGAUUUUCAUACAGCAGAUUUUUGAAGAAUAAACUCGAAACGUAUGUUGACUUCCCUAUUCAUGAUCUGGAUUUGUCAACAUUUGUUGCAUACAGUAAUGGGAGAUCAAGCCAUCGCUAUAUGCUUUAUGCAAUUAGUAAUCAUUAUGGAAGCAUGGGAGGUGGCCAUUACACCGCCUUCAUCCGUCAUGAUGGUGAUAGAUGGUACGACUUUGAUGACAACUAUGUUUCUCCAAUCGAUGAGGGUCGGAUCAAGACUUCUGCAGCCUAUGUUCUUUUUUACAGAAGAUUAGAAGAUGUCUGACAUUAUGAUUGAAGAAUAACUCUGCUAAAUCACCAGCCCUGGAUCAAAUUUCUUCAUUUUUUUUCACCACUAAAGGUACCGGACCGGUUUCCUUUCAUGAGUGGUCUGAGUUCUAACAACUAAAUCGCAUACGAGCUUUUACUUACAGUUAAAAAUCAUUUUUUGAAGAAUAUAUUCUACAUUUAUUAUAGGCUGCAUCUUUGUAACCUUCUGUAAAUUACAACAAUUUGUCACUACUGGAUAUUGUUGCAUGUUAGUUGCAACAUUACAACAAUGUUGAUGGUACCGAUUAUCUUAACUUGUAGUCAUAACAAAGAUACGAUCUACAAGAUAGCGCAUCGAAUUGUAAGUUGUAACAACAGCUAGUCACUAAAACUUCCAUGUUAAUUUUGUA